CUCGUCCUCCUCACUCCAGACGCCCCCGGGCUGCACACGUCGCUCCUUCCUGCGUUCUGCUGCAUUAAGUGUGCCUCUAGCGAUAUGCACGUCUAAGCGUUCUCUUCCGACUGCCACCCGAACCCCGACCGCUCGCCGCCUUCGCUUCUCGUCCACCGCGCUCUCACCGUUGCAGCGUCGCUCGCCUCCACUUCACCGUCGUGUUCCCCGCCAUGGUGUACAUUACACCCGGCUUGUUCGGGCACGAUCACAAACACACACCCUCUGUCUUUUCGUCGUCAACCCACGCCCACGUACAAAAUCACAUGGUCGAUUCGCAGAUUGCAGCCAGCCUGGGCAAGAGGAAGAGGCGACUAGAGGACGACAAAGACAUGCCGAGCCCCAAACAUAUCUCCAUGUCUUCUGCAGACGUGGAUCGAUAUGGUUCCAGCAUCUCACGGACAUCGCCUACAAGCGAAGGCCAUAUUCGGUUGUACGGCCACGACCCCGCGUCUCACGAAGCGACCGUGCCGCGCACAUUCUCAAGAUCACCAAAGCUUGCAAGCUCGGAACGCCGGCCUGUAAAGCAAAUGAAGCGUCUGCAUGUUAAGACGCCAUCGCAUCUCAUGGACACCGAACCCGAUCUUGUGCCAAGCUCGCCGCCCGUACAGAGAGUGGACUCGCAUACCAAAUCAGACCUCAGUCCUUGCCAUGUCUGCAGCACUGCACCAAAACGAAAACGAGACCUUGAGGGCUACAUGGACUGCCAGCGAUGUACGGAACGAACCUGUUACAUUUGUGCGAGGGAAUGUUUGGGGUGUCAAAAGGCCAUUUGCAAAGAGUGCAUCGUGGAAAUCGGACAAGAUGGGGAGCCUUGGUGCUUGGAGUGCUACCAGCACAUCAACACUUGAAGAAACGCCUGGGGAAUGGAAAGAGUUUGGAGAUGGGAUUGUUGGAGUAAUUUUGGACAAGAGAAGAGAAUGAUACCAUGUUUUUGGGCGUUUUGUGUUCAAGCAAGGAGCUAGGGUUUCCCGGGGUUGUUUUAGCAUUGGGGUCUUAUCACAUAUAAUUCUCGAACAACUCCAUCGAGCGAGCAUGUGCACAAACUAUGGAAGGAGGCGUACACAGUAGCUAAGUCGAGCAACAACUUAUCAGGAAAGGAGGAGGGAGGGCUUCUAUAGAACAACUCAUGCAUAUACCAU